GCCUACGUACUUACUACGAGAUCGAUGUUCUUAUCAGAAGUGCAUCACGUGGAAGGACCAGGGUGAAGUUUGAACGUACUUGCUUAUAUUGAACUGUGGCCUCGAAUCCCAUUGCAAAUAAUCUGAAAGCACCAACAAAAUCACUAUUACGAUGAUGGACAUCCAGACGAUACUUGUGAUCAUCGUUCUAUCCCUUUUCUUCUUUUUCAGAUAUCGCAAACACAGGCGGCCUAUACAGCAAAUUCGAGGCCCUCCUUGUCCGUCUCUUUUACUAGGACAUGAACUGGACUUACGAGCCCAGCCUACUGUCGGCGGGCUAGAGACGGCCUGGCAGAAAGCUUAUGGGAAUACGUUUCGUAUCGGGGGAUGUUUCGCCCAAGAUAUUCUGAUGACCUCCGACCCUAAAGCAAUACAGCAUAUUCUUCGUAAUUCUGGAUACCGAUAUCCGAAAACAAAGGAUGUUGUACACAUAUGGGACAUGGUGGUGGGAAAAGGCCUUGUCGCCGUCACAGGCUCGGUUCAUCAACAUCAGCGGAAGCUCCUUAGUCCAGCGUUUUCAUCGAGUCAGCUGAAGGUGUAUCUGGGCGUGUUCCACGCUACCGGGGUCAAGCUUUGUGGGAAGUUGAAUGAGCUUGUCACCCAAGGCCCGAAGGAAGUGAACUUGUUGGAAUGGACCAUUCAUGCUGCCUUGGACAUUGUUGGUCUAACAUCUUUCAAAUGUCAAUUCGGCGCUCUGGACGGCGGGUCAUCUGAAAUGGCAGACAUAUCCCAAAUGUUAUUCACUGCGGUAUCGAAAAUCCGGCUAGCCCCCCUCGCAAUCCUUGUUCCUGCUCUCUGGCGAUUUCUCCCAGAAAAAAUACUGACAAUUCUUGAUAAAGUACCGAACAAGGAAAGUGAAAUCCUUCGAACUUUCAGAAGAGUGGCCAAAGAAACUGCACGUCAAACAAUCAAAAAUGUUGCUCGCGAUAAUUCAAGGGACAUCGUGACUCUCCUCGCUAAGGCUUCCGACGAAAAGUUCAUGGAUGAGGAUGAAAUACUGUCGCAGUUGGCGACAUUCACUCUCGGUGGAGAGGACACCACGGCUGCGACGAUAGCCUGGACACUCUACGAGCUAAGCAAGCGGCCUGAUUACCAAGCUCGUGUGAGAGAAGAACUUCAGAAAGGGCCCGCCGAGUACGAAUCCACACCGCUGCUCAAUGCCGCCAUUAAUGAAACCCUUCGUCUACAUCCCAUUGUCUACACAUUCUCGCGAUAUGCAGCAGAGGAUGACGCUAUUCCCUUGAGCGAGCCAGUCCGGACUCGGACCGGAGAGACGUGGAACGAGAUCCCCGUGGAGAAGGGUCAGAUGGUGAUGAUCUCGGCUUAUACAUACAAUCGACUUUCAAGCGUAUGGGGUGAUAACGCGGACAACUGGGUACCAGAGAGGUUCUUUCACUUGGAAGGAAAAAACAGAAUAUCUGUUGGCCUCCACGCAAAUUUGGUUAACUUUAGUGAUGGUGUCCACGGAUGUAUCGGAUGGAAAUACGGGUUGCUCGAAGUUCAAGCAAUUUUGGUCGAACUUCUCAAAUCGCUCGAGUUCCUCGAUUCAGGCGCAGAGGUACUCAAUGGCAUAGCACUUAUCAGUCUGAUACCCGUCGUUAAAGGAAGGGAACAGGAGGGGGUUCAGGUUCCCGUGCUUGUCCGGGCGCUAAGCUCCUAGUAUUAGUCAAGCUCCCGGUCUCUUUCAACACAGAGCUUAGUCGUAUCCGUUUUGCAAGUAUUAACGCACCUAUGGGUAGUAAUCUUCGAACGAGUAACUGGAUUCU